CACUUCUAGCUUUUGAUGCUGUUACUGUAGUGAGAGAAGACUUUGCUUUUACAGUAGUGAUUUACCAUGCCAUGGAUAAAAAGUAUGAUUUUUUUGAACGCACCAUUCUGUGCAACAGCCUUGUGUGGAGCUGUGCUAUCACAGGUAAACCAGGACUCACAUAUCAGGAAGCAGUGGAAUCAGAGAAGAAAGCCAGACUUAAUCUUCAGAGUUUUCCAGAGGCACUCAUCAUUCCAAUUCUCUACUUGGCCACCCUUACCCAUCGCUCCCGACUUCAUGAGAUCUGUGAUGAAAUCUAUGCUUAUGUCAAGGAUCGGUAUUUUGUUGGUGAAACAGUGGAAGUAGUUAGAAAUAAUGGUGCAAGGUUGCAGUGUAAGAUUUUGGAAGUCAUAGCUCCAGCCCAUCACAAUGGAAUGGAGAAUGGCCAUGCCAGCAGCACUGACGGAGACACAAUUGUCAUCAGCGACAGUGACGAGUCAGAAACACACAACAGCUCUGCACAAAAUGGGGAGAAGAAAGCCAUAAUUGAUCCUUCUUUGUUCAAAUACAAAGUCCAACCUAUUAAAAAAGAACUAUAUGAAACUGUUAUCGUUAAAGCAUCUCAACUAAGCCGGAGGAAACAUCUCUUUUCUCGUGAUAGACUUAAACUUUUUCUGAAACAACACUGUGAACCACAUGAUGGAAUCAUUAAAACCAAGGCAACAUCAAUUGCAAAAUAUAAUCUAUCAGAACAAAAUUUCUUCUACUUCUUUCCUGAUGAGCCACCCACAUUUAUCUUCAGUCCUGCAAGCAGACGGCGAGGGAGACCUCCAAAAAGGGCAUCUACUAGUCUUGAGGACGAGAUUCCUGCUAAACAAAAUACCCAAGGAAACAAAAGUAAAGUAGCAAGGGAAAAGACAAGGUUCCAAAAGCAAAAAGAAGAUAUGCGGGCCAUGA